CUCGAGAGCCUCUCCACUGUGUUAUCGAGCGUGCUCCAAGGCCGACAUCCGUCAGCUUCUUCUUCUCCACUUCACAACCAUCAAAACACAGCUUUCGGACAUAACUUCCAUCUCCCAACCUUACUCCCGUGCCGCUGUUUGCUCCUGGCAUCGGUUAUCCGCGUCCCGACCUGCUUGGUCCCCGAGAACCUUCCCAUCGAGUCCGUUGUCGAUGGACAAUCAGGAUCCCAGAUAACGUCGCGAACCUCGGCAUCUUCCCGACCUCGCGACUGCGCGACUGACUGUUCGCGUCUAGGAUUUUUCUCUUCUUUACAGUCGUUUCCCGUCCUUCCUCUAACCCCUUAAGUUGGCUGUCUUGUCCUUCGGCCCCAUUACCGCCCUCCAAAAUGACGGAACCAGAGUCAUUCGAAGAUGAUCUCUUCGCCGAUCUCUAUGCCGAUGACGAGCCUACCUCAAAACCAGUUCCUGCGGCCGCGCAGCCCGCAGCACCUGCUCCAGCCGUCUCUGCCCCAACAGAGGCGCUGGACGAACCGCCUUCGGCAGAUGGUGGUCACGGCGCUGACGACAGCAUGAACUACGAAGAUGACGAUGAGGAUGACGACGUCGACUUCAAUCUCGGCAACGGCUCCGUUUCAACAGCACAGUACUCCUCAGAGAGGCCUUCACAAACGCCCAUGCCCUCGGCCCCAGCGCCAGCUCCAAGCGCGCGAGGCCCCAACUCCAAAGAAGACGGUAAAAUGUUCAUUGGAGGCUUGAACUGGGAGACAACGGACCAGUCACUGCGCGAAUACUUUUCACAGUUCGGCGAGGUUAUUGAGUGCACCGUCAUGCGCGACGGCUCGACCGGCCGAUCUCGUGGCUUCGGCUUUCUGACUUUCAAGGACCCCAAGACGGUCAACAUCGUGAUGGUCAAGGAGCACUACCUGGACGGCAAGAUUAUCGAUCCCAAGCGCGCCAUCCCACGAGAUGAACAGGAGAAAACGAGCAAGAUCUUCGUCGGCGGGGUAAGCCAGGAUACGACAGACCAGGAAUUCAAGGACUUCUUCGCCCAGUUUGGCAGGGUCGUGGACGCGACCCUUAUGAUGGAUAAGGACACAGGCCGUCCCCGCGGCUUCGGUUUCGUCACGUUCGAGUCCGAGGCCGGUGUGGACGCAUGCCUGGCGCAGGAGCUCGAGAUCCACGGCAAGCCCAUCGAGGUCAAGAAGGCGCAGCCUCGCGGCAACAUGCGCGAGGAAGAGGAGGCCAACCGGCGGGCUGGCGGCGGCCCUGGAAACAAGUUCCGCAAAGGCGUCAACGGCCCGGGCGGCGACGACCAGCAGGGAGGCGGCGGCGCUGGCGGCGGCAUGGGCGGAGCUGCCCCCGGGGGCAUGACGCCGCAGAUGAUGGCCAACUACUGGCAGCGCAUGCAGCAGUACUUCCAGAUGAUGCAGCAGCAGCUGGCCAUGAACCAGCGCAACAUGGGUUUCGGAGGCAUGAACCCGCAGAUGAUGCAGAUGAUGCAGAUGCAGCAGAUGCAACAGAUGCAGCAGAUGAUGGCCGCCCAGGGCCGCGGCGGACCCGCCGGGAACCCUAUGGCGGCCAUGGGCAACAUGAACCCCCAGAUGAUGGCCCAGAUGCAGCAGAUGAUGGCGGCCCAGCAGGGCGGCGGUCCUGGCGGUCCUGGUGGUCCCGGCGGCCCCGGCGCCGAUCCGUCCGGCGGUGGCGGUAGCGUUAGCGGUGGCCAGGGCAGCGUCGACGGUAGCGUCGACGGCAGCCAGCAGCCGAACCGAGCGCCGUUCAACGCAUACGACCAGCAGAUGUUCGAGCAGCAAAAGCUGGAGGCACAGCAGCACAACCCGCAGCAGCGGCACCGCGGGCCGCAGCAGCAACAGCAACAGCCCCAGCCACAGCAGCAUCGCCAGGGCGGCGGAGGCGGAGGCGGCGGGUACGGCGGCGGCCACCACCAGCAGCAGCAACAGCAGGGAGGGUACGGCGGCGGAAUGGGCGGCGGCGGCCCCACGUCCUGGGAGGGCAUGUACGACGACGUCCCCCAGCCCAACUUCAACCAGGGCGGCGGCUUCCGCAAUAACAACAACAACAACAACCGUGGCGGUCAUCAGAACAACAACAACCGGAUGGAUCCCAACAACGCACCGCCGCCAAACGCGCCGACCGGUCCCAAGAACGCCGGCAAGCCGGGCUCCAACUACCGCGGCGGCGGCAGGGGCAUGAACCGCGGCUUCCACCCUUACGCCCGUGGUUAGUAGUCACGUCUGGAGGAGACGAUAACAGAUAUCUCCUGGUGCGGCGGCAAGACUGCUGGUGGCCGCUUCUCGCAUUCCGCCUGCUUUUUUUUUUUGUUUAUCUGGCACAUUACUAUCAUCUGCUUCCUCACUCAAUCUUUCAUUCUCGACUGCCACCCUUCUCGUGCUGUAUCCUUUCCCGUCCAGCCCUUUGUUUACCCAGGACUCUCCUCCUGGAGACGGCACAUUGGGGGAGAUCCCAGAGGACUGGGGGAAAGGGCUUGUGUAAUUACUAGGAAUCCCAUUCGUUCACUGGGAUAAAACAAAAAAGGGGGGUGCCUACAGCGGAUGCGGGAUGGCUCGUACGAGGUCAGGAAACGCCGCUUAUUAGGGCGUCUCAGCCUUUGCUCCGUUUCUCCCAUUAUUAAUCGCCUUUUUUUUUCUGUCUUAUCCUCCUGUACUCAGCUGUCGGGGACUGAAUUUCAGCCAGCUCAUCAACUAGUGCGUUCAUGAUGCGUGCAUGUCCACAUCCG